UAAUCCCACCCAUAUUCGCCCCUUAUAUAUACCACACUUCACCUUCUUCAUCUCUCAUUCUUUACUCUCUCUCCCUCUACCCUUUUGCUUAUAAUUAUAAUUUGAUCUUUUCUCAAUUCUCUCAGCCAUGUCAGAGAAACAAUCUCAUUUGAACGGGGCCUACUACGGCCCCUCAAUCCCACCCAAAUCCCAAGCCUACCACCGCCAUGGCCGUGGCAGCGACCCCCUCGGCUGCUGCUGCGGCUGCAUCUUCAGCCUUAUUUUCAAGCUCAUUAUGACCGCCGUCGUCAUAGUGGGCCUGGCCUUUUUCAUCUUCUGGCUCAUAGUCCGCCCCAACCACAUCAAGUUCCACGUCACCGAAGCCCACCUCACCCAAUUCAACUUCUCCAAUGACAGCACCCUCCACUACAACCUCGCCCUCAACCUCACCAUCCGCAACCCCAACAAGAAGAUCGGGGUCUACUACGACCGCAUCGAGGCCAGGGCCAUCUACGAGGACCAGAGGUUCAGCACGUACACCUCGACGACGCCCUUUUACCAAGGGCACAAGACAACGAACGUGGUGAACCCGGUGUUCCAGGGCCAGCAGGUGAUCCCAGACACGAAAGUGCUCUCCGAGUACAAUGAGCAGAAGAAUAGUGGGGUUUACGAGAUCGACGUCAAGCUUUACCUUCGGGUUCGAUUCAAAUUCGGCUUGAUCAAGACCGGCAAGUUCAAGCCCAGGAUUAAAUGUGGGUUGAAGGUUCCUUUGACUCAGAAUGGGAGCUCAUCAGUUAGCACUUUCGAGACUACCAAGUGUGACGUUGAUUACUUCAAAUCAAUCUAAGCUCCACAGCUUACCACUUCAUAUAUCUUCUUGUUGAUCCAGUCUCAGAUUAUUAUUUUUUUACUAUUCUUUUGUUUUUUUGUUUUUGUGUUUGUGUUGAUCCAGUCUUAGAUUAUACACUAGAGAGAUAUAUGAUUUCUUUUGUGGGUUUUGAUACCUACUUACGUUACGCAUGUUCAUAAAUAAAAUAGUGUGUUUAGUAGUUCGCCUUUUGCUUUC